UUUUACGUCUCUCAUUCUGAAAGCUUUACGCAAGAUUAUUUAUUUGAAAAAAAAACAAUACUACGCACAGUCCCGGUGAUUGAAAUUUUUGCAAACUUAACGUUGCACGCAUUUGCUGUAAAUAAGUUAAUUUAAUGUCGUAAAUACAUCGUUUCAAGUUGGAACUCCGCUUUGGUGAAUCGCUUGUUCUAUAACCGCUGUGUCCCCUGCCUGGCUUCUAUACAUAUAUAUAAAUUUUUUUUCAGAAUCAUAAGCCUAAGUAAGAACGGUUCACAAUUUUCCACCAUAGACGGCGCUUCAUUCUCUUACAGACUCUAGGACUCGUUCUUUUUUUCAUUUUCUAUUUUUUUUUAUUGUUCUUCACUAUCCACGUUAAAUAUGAUACUUUAUUGCACGCUUGUGGACGAGCGAUUCCUUGGUGAAUUUAUUUCGUGCUACAAAGUGAAAAUUAUUUGUGUUACUGCAAUAUUUAUUAUUCUUCGUUCUGUGACUUAACAAAACUGCAUGCGCUAUUUUUACUCGGAUAAAUUUGGGCGUUGCACGAAAUUUCGUGGUGUUUUUGGUUUGCUUUUCGAUUCAUAUUUUAUGUGCAAAUCUCGCUACGAAGCACCGCUUCUCAACAACGUACUCCCAAAAGAAAAAUACCAUGUCUAAACGUAAUCUAUAUAAUUAUAAAUCGAUGUGUUUGAACCAAUCCCGAUAUGCGCGAGUAGAAAUGGCGAAAAGUGUAUGGUGGCUUGUGGGUAAACUAACUCGUAAAAUCAAAAUGGCGUGGCGUCUGAACGUUAAAUAAUAUUUUUUACGCAUCAUCGAUAAACGUGAAUAUCUCGUAUUCAGGUCAGGAAGAAAUAAGAAUAUUUAGAAAAUUAAUCAUUAAAGUCGCAUGUGUUGGUAGAGAAGAAAGUGUGCGGAAAAUUCUAUUCAUAAUUUUGAUUAAUUUCAUUGGUGAAUCUCGUAUACUUGAUAUUUCUCGCGAAUAUUAUGAAUAAAUUUGCUCAAUGAACCGUGUGUUAUCUCUAAAGAUUGAUAAAUGCAUGUAUUAGGAAAGAAUGAAAGAGAGAUAGAAAAAAAGAACGCGCACUGCGGCGAAGCUCGUUUUCUCGUUUAAUCGUAUUAGGUUCACCGGGCCGCGGGCCACGAACGAGAAGAGGGGAGGGGGGGGGGGGGCAUCGCGAUGAUGCUGCACACCACCGAACUGUCCGAGUGGCUAAGGGAAGAAGGGGGAAAGGUACGGUUGCGCGCGCGCGCGCCCGCGUUGCAUUAUGGGUAGACGGGCGGGAGGAUGGACGGGGGGAGAACGAAAAGAACGAAGAACGAGACGAGGGUUCACAAAAUGGCGGCCAAGCUCAGGCCAGCGACCAUAUAGUACGUGUUAAAUUCGAUAUUUUUUUAUGAUGUCGGGUGUUUCAGUAACAACUUUUGUACACUAAUGAGAUCGGGUGUCAUCGUAUCUACGUAUUAAAGUUGUUUUAAACGAAAAUAGUGUUACGGAAUUUGUAAAAAGAAUAAUAUAGGAGGCUAAGUGAGACGCGUAGACGGGAACGAUGCAGAAAACAGAAUCAGAAUCCGGCAAGGAAUCUGGCUCAGAUUCUGAAAAUGAAAGCAAAAGCGACAGUAGCUCGUCGGGCAGCAACUCCGGAUCAGGCUCUGGAAGCGAUAGUGACUCUAGCUCGUCGAGUGGUUCCGGUUCGGCGACAGGUUCGGAUUCGGAAAAAUCGGGAAAAUCUGAUGCACCCGCGCACAGCGAUUGCUUUCAGAGCAAAAGUUCGAAUCACAGCACUGAACCAAAGCGUAGAAAUAAGAGCGAAUCUAGCCGAGAAUGGGACGAGAAUCCAGACAUUUAUGGGAUCAGGAGAUCGGGAAGGUCGAGAAAGGAGCCUGAGAGAUUGGCAGCACCGCCUGAAAUAAAUUCGGACGGUCGGAAAAAAUUUAAGAAAAAAAACUCCCAAAAUUCGUGGAAUUCCGGAAGUUCGGAUUCAGAAUCGGAUGACUUGGAUAGCAAAAGAGCGCCGCCACCACCUCCGAGUAAAUCCAUAAAUCGUCGAGCUGCGCAAAAAAUCAAAGAAAAUUCGCGUGCACGAAAAAAAAGGGUUUCCGAAUCGUCGGAAAACUCUUCGUUCGAUAGCGAUGACAAUAGAAGACAAAUCACUAGAAGAGCCGGUACUACAGUCAGCUAUAAAGAGCAAAGCGACGAGGGCACGGACAGCGAAGAUUUAGUCGAAGUAGAUGAGGCGGCAGCGGCGGCGGCGGCCGAGCCAACGGAACCCGACAAUGCCGAAACUAUUGAACGUAUCAUUGCACAAAGAAGAGGCAAAAAAGGAGUUACGGGUAACGUUACGACUGUAUACGCUGUGGAGGAGAACGGAGAUCCGAAUCCAAAGGAUUUGGCCUUGGAGGAAAGCGAAAUACAGUACCUUAUAAAGUGGAAAGGAUGGUCCCACAUACACAAUACGUGGGAGUCCGAAGAAUCGUUGAAAGCUCAAAAAGUGAAAGGAUUGAAGAAACUAGAUAAUUUUAUAAAACGGGAGAGAGAAAUCCAACAAUGGAGAGAAUACGCCGGCCCCGAGGACAUAGAUUAUUUCGAAUGUCAGGCAGAAUUGCAACAAGAACUUCUCAAGAGUUACAACAAUGUCGAGAGGAUAAUAGCGGAAUACAACAAGCCGGAUUCGGAUCAUCCGGAUUAUUAUUGCAAAUGGGAGAGUUUACCUUAUGCAGAUUCGACGUGGGAGGACGGUGCGUUGAUAAUUCGCAAGUGGCCGGAAAUGAUUAAGGAAUUCCGCGAUAGGGAAGAUUCGAAGAGAACGCCAAGUAAACAUUGCAAAGUAUUAAAAUCAAGGCCCAAGUUUCAUCAGUUGAAAGCGCAACCGGAAUACAUGGGACGUGGUAAAGAGCUCGUUCUUCGAGAUUAUCAGAUGGACGGUUUGAAUUGGAUGAUCCAUUCGUGGUGUAAAGAGAACAGUGUCAUAUUGGCGGACGAGAUGGGGCUUGGAAAAACAAUUCAGACGAUAUGCUUCCUGUAUUAUCUGUUCCACACGCACCAGCUUUACGGGCCGUUUCUUCUGGUAGUGCCACUAUCGACGAUGACAUCGUGGCAACGAGAAAUGGCACAGUGGGCGCCCGACAUGAAUUUCGUCACGUAUCUCGGUGACGUUACGUCGCGCAACGUAAUUCGCGAAUACGAAUGGUGUUACAGCUCGAAAAGAUUGAAAUUCAACGCAAUAUUGACGACUUACGAGAUCGUUCUUAAGGACAAAGCACUUUUAGGGGCUCUCAAUUGGGCGGUGAUUCUCGUUGACGAGGCGCAUCGUUUGAAAAACGAUGAUUCCUUGUUGUAUAAAGCACUAAUGGAAUUUCAUACGAAUCAUCGGCUCCUCAUAACGGGUACACCUUUGCAAAAUAGUCUGAAAGAAUUGUGGGCGCUGCUACAUUUUAUAAUGCCGUCGAAAUUCAACAAUUGGGAGGAAUUCGAGAAGGAACACGACAACGCCGCCCAAAAAGGUUAUUCCAAACUGCACAAACAAUUAGAACCUUUUAUACUGCGGCGCGUUAAGAAAGACGUGGAAAAAUCCUUGCCCGCCAAAGUCGAACAAAUAUUACGGGUUGAAAUGACCUCGUUGCAAAAACAAUACUACAAAUGGAUAUUGACAAAGAAUUAUAACGCUUUGAGAAAGGGUGUAAAGGGCUCGACCAUGACUUUCAUAAAUAUUGUUAUCGAAUUGAAGAAAUGUUGCAAUCACGCGUUUCUUACGAAACCAAUGGAAUCGGAAAGAAAAGAUUCGGACGAGGAUUAUCUUCAAUCGAUCAUACGGGGCUCGGGUAAGCUCGUUUUGCUCGAUAAACUUUUGGUAAGAUUACGCGAAACCGGGCACAGAGUAUUGAUAUUCAGUCAAAUGGUAAGAAUGCUCGAUAUUCUCGGUGAAUAUUUACAAAAGAGGCAUUUUCCAUUUCAACGUUUGGACGGUAGUAUAAAAGGGGAACUGAGAAAACAAGCUCUGGAUCAUUUCAACGCGGAAGGCUCAUCGGAUUUUUGCUUUUUGUUAUCGACCAGAGCCGGUGGCCUCGGAAUAAAUCUCGCAACCGCUGACACGGUAAUUAUCUUUGACUCGGACUGGAAUCCGCAAAACGAUCUUCAGGCGCAAGCCCGGGCCCAUCGAAUUGGUCAGAAGAAUCAAGUGAAUAUUUAUCGUUUGGUGACGAAAAAUUCGGUCGAAGAGGAGAUCGUUGAGCGUGCCAAACAAAAAAUGGUGCUCGACCAUUUGGUUAUACAGAGAAUGGACACGACCGGCAGAACGGUACUGGACAAAAAAAGUCCUGGAACAAAUAACAAUCCGUUCAACAAAGAGGAUUUGAACGCAAUUUUGAAAUUCGGAGCUGAAGAACUGUUCAAAGACGAGGAGGACGGUGACGAGGAACCGACCUGUGACAUCGACGAAAUUUUACGACGAGCCGAGACACGGGACGAAGCCCCGGCAACCGUCGGUGAUGAAUUGCUCUCGGCUUUCAAGGUCGCGAGUUUUGCCGCUUUCGAGGAAGAACCGGAGCCGCUGCUCGCUCAAACGGCUGACAACGACGACGAGAGCAAAGAUUGGGCAGAAAUAAUACCCGAGAAUUUCCGUGCUAAAGUCGAGGAACACGAAAAAUCGAAGGAAAUGGAGGAUUUAUAUUUACCACCGAGAAGCCGAAAGACUCUUCAACAGUUGAAUCAAUCGAGUCGCGAGGAACGAGGAAGAAAACGAAGAAAGAUGCAGUCGGAGGAGAGCGAGGACGGCGACGAGACAGGAAGCGGCGACGCGGAUGGUUCCGACGACGAGGAAGAUGACGAGGAUAGACCAAAAAAACGCGGCAGGCCCAGAGUUUUGCCUCGCGAAGUCGUCAAGAGUUUUACCGACGUCGAAAUUCGUCGUUUCGUAAAGAGUUAUAAAAAGUUCGCUGCCCCGGGAAAGCGAAUCGACGACAUCGCUGCCGAUGCGGAAUUGCAGGAGAAACCAGUGACCGAAUUGAAAUGGCUUGCUGAACAAUUGCGAACGAGAUGCGAGGCCUGCAUCGCGGAAUUCGAGAGCAUCGCCAAGGAGAACAAAGCUGCUGCUGCGGCCGCGGCCGCUGCCGAGGAGGAUAGCAAGAAACCCGUGAAAGAGGGAAAAGGUAGAAAACGGGGCAAAGGACCGACUUUUAAGCUCGGCGGUGUUAUGGUAAACGCGAAAUCCUUGUCAGCGGCGACGAAGGAACUCGAACCGUUGGACCAAGCGUUACCAGCGGAUCCUGAACAACGAGCCAAUUGGCACCUCGAUACCAAAUUGAAAGCGGCUAAUUUCGAUUGUGAAUGGACUUCGGAGGACGACUCGCGAUUACUUCGAGGAAUUUAUGCCCACGGUAUGGGCUCGUGGGAGGCUAUAAAAAUGGAUCCGAGUUUGAAAAUCGGUGAUAAAAUUUUGCCGAACGACACGAAGCCCCGUUUGAAACAAUUAAACGCCCGGGCGGAAUAUCUGUUGAAGGUAUUGAAGAAACAAAUGGACGCUAAGCUCGGUGUUACCAGAAUGAGAAAACCGAGAAAGCCGAAGGAGAUUAAGAGCGCGAUUACGAAAGAAAUAAUCGUCGAGGAGGACAGUUCCGGCGGCGAUGAGAGCAAAAAACCAAAGGCAAAGUUAGAAAAACCACCGGUGAGAAAGGAACGAGAGGAAGAGAUCGUUGCGAAAAAAGAAGCUACGACGACGAAGGAAGAGAGCGACGGUGCGAACGACGAGAGAAAAAAGAGAGCCAAGAGAGACAAGAAAGAGGGAAACAAGAGAAACAAGAAGAAUAACAAACAAGCGGUCGGACCUAUGCAUUUUACGGCUAACAACGAACCGAGAGCUCUCGACGUACUCGGUGGUUUAGAUCCUUCGAUAUUCAACGAAUGUAAGGAAAAAAUGCGUCCCGUCAAGAAGGCUCUCAAAGCUCUCGACAAACCCGAAGAAGCUUUGAGCGAAGCCGAUCAGCUCGAUCGUACUCGUCAAUAUCUCAUACAAAUCGGCAAUCAGAUUAAUACGUGUUUGUCCGUUUACAAAGAUCCCGAACAAAUAAAAGAGUGGCGAAGCAAUUUGUGGUACUUUGUCUCGAAAUUUACGGUUUUCGACGCGAAAAAGCUGUACAAACUUUACAAACACGCAAUGAGAACCGGAGAAGAUGGAGCAUCCUCCAGUCCGGAGAAAAAGGAGGAUCCGAUUACGACCACCGGGCACUCGAGAAAGCACACACUCGAUAAACACACCGACAAGCAUAACGCUGAAACGACGAGCCUCAAAGAACCACCGAGAUCGGCCAAACGAAGGAUCGAAGAAAUAGAGGAAAAUUCCAACAGCAGCAUUCCCAGUAAAAAACACGCUUCUACCGCUAGCGCAAUCGCCGCGGCCAAUAGUUCGAAUACACCGAGCGUUACGAUCGGUGGUCUAACUAUUACUCCGCUUCCCUCCACACCCAAUUCUAAUACGUCAACCUCAAACAGCCUCGAUACAACGAGACACAAAGAGCCCAAAGAACUCAAGCACAAAGAUGGAAAACGAGAACGCGAUCGCGACAGAGAUCGCGACAGGGACAGAUCGAAUCAUGGCGAGAGGAGUAUCGAUAGAUUAUCCGUUGCCAACAAAGAUGAGAGAAUUCGAAGAGAUAGCGGUGGAUACGCCGCCGCUGGUGGACAUUACAGUGGAAAUCGAGAGGAGGACCAUUGGCCUCCUGCCAGAGACCUCAGAGAUCCUCGUGAUAACAGGUUUCUUGAGCACAAACGAGAAAGGAUCGAAUCAUACGGCAGAAUGUCGGGUGGUUAUCACCGAGACAGAGAACGGGAUCGAGAUCGUGAGCGUGGAAUGCACAUGAACGACAAACGAAAUGAGUACUACAGAUAUUCUUCGGGGCCUCAAGGAGGUUACGGUUACGGUGGUCCUGGCGGCUAUAAUAACGCCGGUGGUCCCGGUGGUUAUCCAGCUUCGGAUAUGCCACCUGGUCAUUUUCGUGGUCGAGGAUAUCAGAACGAAGGAUACCCCAGCGAUUGGAGAGCGAGUAAAGAUUACAGGAGGGAUUAUGACAGAAGGCCGCCGCCACCACCGAACGCAAACUCCUAGUGUUCCUUCUUAAUGACCGUCCUCGAGCGUUCGUAACGUUUACGUCAAGUUUCUCAUUUGCGAAAGCUCAAAAAUAUCAGAACUGUCGGCGUUUCAAUCGCGCCUUCUACCGAGAGAAAAUCUUUCUACUCUGCGCGAAAGAGUCUCUCGGAGACGAUUUGACGUCCGUACGUGAUUUUUAUUUCCUCUUUUUUUUUUCUUACCAAGGCCCCCAGCGGCCAUUGUACAUAAAAACAAUACUUUUCAUGCGACUAGAGAAAAGAGAAUCGACAAGUUACUUUUCCCACAUCUUUUUCAUUGAGCCGAGGAACUUUUUUUUUCCUCAUCGCUAAGUGAUUCGUAAAAUUCGUUGAAAAAAAAAAUAUUAUAUAUUAUUGUCAUAAUGCAUGUCUAUACAGGAAAAUAAGGAAAAGAAAAAGAACGAGAAACAAUGCGGGAGUGAAAACUUCUCAAAUUUGUGUACAUUGAAUUUACACUGUGGUCAAACAGUGCGGGGAGUAUACAGUUUGUACUAUAGCUUAGUUCUUCCCUAAUAAUGUAUGUAAAUCACCAUAUGAAAGAACGAUUAAGUAAAAGAUACGAAGGAAAAAAUGAAAAGAAACAAAAAAAUUAUAGCGGCUCCCAGUUUGUCUUCGAAAAAAAAACGAAUGCACGCGUUACUAUCUCAUUCACAUCUUCCCAUCUCACGGCUACAAAAUAAGAAACGAAAUCAUCCCAUUGAAUUUAUUUUAUCGGCUCACUUUGGUUUUAUGUUUUUUUUUUUUUUUUUUUUUUUUUUUUUUUUUUUUUUUUUUCAUUUUGUAACAUUUCUCGCGCCCCGCUAUCGCAAAUAAUUUCAGAUUCCCAAAAACCACAUUUCGCCGGUUUCACGCGUUGUAGGAAUUUUCUGUCCAAUAGUAGUCGUUCGCUACUUGAGGAUUAUUAAGAAUGCCUUCCUUUAUACAAUAUUGAAUGAAUGAAUAACGGACGAGGGACAGAAAAGAAACGAGAUAACAACGCAUCUAAGGUACUUUAGUCAAUAAUUGUUUGAAAAAAAAAGGAAAAAAAGAUGAUCAUCGUCAUUGCCCCAACUAUUGAAGUUUAUGAGUUUUUUCAGACAUUCUGACUGCCUUUUGUAUAUUAAAUUCAACAAGCAGUUUUGAGGAAGGCGAAGAAAAGCAACAAUUGAUUUGUUCGACAAAUGGUCAGCAUAUUUCUUAUUACCUAUAUGUUUGACUCUAUUUGUCUCAAAUCUUGAGAUUUCGAUACCCUCCCUCCUCCAUCGUUUAUUCAAAAGCUCUUUUUUCUCCCUAUAUAAAAUAGGAAAAAAAACAAAGCAGACGAUUGCGAGACACAAAAUUUUUAUAAAAAUGUAUCAACAUGAGGAGAGGAGAGCGUCAGUGAAGCGAUUAUGACUGUUUGUGCGAAUAUGAUUCGCGCCAAGUAAAACUUUUUAAUUCGUCGAUACUACAUUCACGAAUCGUGAUUUGUGUAAAAAUUUUUAAAAAGUCUAGCGAUUCAAAAAUACUAUACGCUAGUAUGAUUCAUCAGAAGAGCCCGAUUUCUGCCAUUAACAUUUUCUAUAAUGAGCGUAAAAAGAGAUUAUAAUUGCGUGACUCUCCUUUAAAUUGUCUCAUCAAUUGUCUUCGGCGUCACGAGAGUCGCCACUGAUUCAAAAAAGAACAAAAAACAAUGAGAAAUCAUUCAUGAAAAAUUAAUAUACCUUGCAAUUUCCGUGUGCAUUUGUGUAAAUAAUAGGUACUACCGCGUUUAAAAUAGUAAAAAUGGCACUUUUUAAUUAUGUCUCCUAUUUCCUAGUGCAGGAUUUAUUAUCGAUGAAGGAGAGAGAGAGAGAGAGAGCGCGCAAGGUGAAAAAAAAUAUGUCAAGAAAUCGGAUGUAGUUUAGAGAUUUCUAUGGUUUAAAAUUAAUGAAAUAAAAGAAAAAAAAAGAAACGAAAAACAGAGAAAUGAAUGGAAGAAAAAUUUCGACAUAACAAUAACGAAGUGUUUAUAAUUUAUUACUAGCUGAAGAUAAAUCAUGAAUAACACACGAAUAAAAAGAAUGUUGUAUAUAUUAUAUACAUCUAAUAUGCAACUGAGCGAAUAAAAUUAAUGAUCGAUA